GCAAUGUUUUCAUUAUUUGCCAUUCUUAAUGUCUUUGCGAGCCAUUUACAUUUUCAUUUUCAUUGCCAUUUCCAUUUUCAUUUCGAUUUCCAUUUCCAUAGCACAUUUCCAGCGAAUUCCAUCGAAUUUACACACAACGCCUUCGUGGACAAUUCAACAAUCAAAAGUAAACCAAGAAUCCUAGACAGCCAGCAUGCGUCGCUCCUCGUUCACGCCCGUCUUCAACCUGAGCACCCAGGAGCCGCUGAUCGUGGUGGAGGAGUCGCACACCGCCGAGGAUGGCGAUGAUUUGGAGGGCGCCGCCGGCGGCUGUGAUCCCACUGCGGCCGGCACACGGCGCUCCAACAGCGACGACUCCGAGCCGGACUCGCCGGUGAAUCCCUACCUGCUCUGCCCCUUCCCCGACAUGCAGCAGCGGCGCAAGCACUCGCUGCCAUCGCUGCAAAUCACCGAGGGCAUCACCGCCAGCCAGGUGCGGCGAUUGUCGGAGGUGGGCGGCGAGACUGGCGGGCUCAGUCCCAAGGAGGUGGAGUUCCUCGCCACGCUCUCGCAGAAGGCCAAUCCGACGGCCGGCGGACGCAGGCACUCGGUGGUGACCAUAUCGGCGGUGCCGCCAACGCUAUUCGGACGCAAUCGCCGCGAGUCCAUUUCCGGCGUAUCCUUCAGUGGCAGUCGCCGUGGCAGCGUCAUCGCCGGACCGCCGCUGACCGAUCACCGCGGCAGCGUGCACAACUUGCAGCUGGACAUCAUGGACGGCAUCGUGCAGCAGCGGAAGACGCGCAGCGGCAGCGGCGUUUGGACAGCGCCCGUGCUGCAGGAGGCCGAUAGCAAUGUGCCCGUGCAGACAUAAGCGGCUGAAGGACACGCAGGACACGCCGGUUGGGGGAAAGGACGAAAAAUGGAUGCACGACGGAGAAUGGUGGAUGGAUGGAUGGAUGGAUGCAUGGAUGCAUGGAUGGCUCGAUGGAUGGAUGGCUGAAUGGAUGCAUGGAUAGAUGGAAGGAUGGCUGGAUGUAUGGAUGAAUGGAUGGAUACAUGGAUAGCUGGAUGGCUGAAUGGAUGGCUGGCUGGAUGGUUGGGAUUUCUGCGACAGAUGGACAGAUGAAUUGGGUUGGACACUGGGCAAUACAAGCAAUCAAACGCCCGGAAACUCCGCCAACUCGAACUGCAACUGGACCUUUAUUAACAUUUCGUGCUUUCCCCCGUUUAAAGAAAAAAAAAAUAAAAACACAGAAACUCUCACGCCCUGCCCCCCGAUUUUCCACCGGGAAAUUGCUUUUCGCGGCUGCCGCAUAAAGCACAACAAACAAACCACAAAAACCGCACGCAACAAAAACGAAAAAAAACCAACAAAAAAUCGCACGGAAAAUGGCAAAGAAUGGUAGGUGGAAAGUGAAAAUAAAACAAGAACAGGACACACAAAGAAAAAGAAAAAAAAGAGGAAAAUACAAAACUUCGAAAAUGAAAAACUGCAGUUAAACAAAGAGCGAGAUGG